GUGACGUCACGGGCAGCUGCCGGUGUCCAGGGCGGGUGCGGCGCCGGAUGGAGCGGCCGGGGGAGUCCCGCCGGGGCCGCAGAGGCACCCAGCAGUAGGUGUGAGCUGAUCUUGCCUGGCUUCUGCCGUAGCCUGGCUCUCUGGUGUCUGAUGAUGAGUGUGACCCCAACCAGGGGGUGCCUCCUGGACCUGCCCUGGGAAGACAUCUUGGUUCCACACAUCCUCUGUCAUCUACCACUGCAGCAACUCCUGAGCCUGCAGAGGGUCAGCAAGUCGUUCCAGUCUCUCAUCCAGCUGUACCUGGCCAACAUGCGCUGCUUUGACUCAAGCCAGAUUGGACCUGCCAUCCCUCGGGCUGCUUUUGUUAACCUGUUGAAGGACAAUGAAGUUCUGCAGCAGCUGGCACUCCAGAACUGCUCCGACUGGCUGACAGACCGGGAACUGCUCCCGGUCAUUGGGCAGAACCACCACCUGCACCAGAUCCAGCUGAAGGGCUGUGCCCAGCUCAGCCGCCACGCGCUGGUGGCCAUCUCGCUGAGCUGCCCCAACCUGCGCCAGCUCUCCCUGGCUCACUGUGAGUGGGUGGACAGCCUGUCCCUGCGCAGCCUGGCUGACCACUGCAAGGCGCUGGAGGCUGUGGACCUGACGGCCUGUCGCCAGCUGAAGGACGAGGCCAUCUGCUACCUGGUGCAGAAGUGCGGCAGGCUCAAGUCUCUGUCACUGGCUGUCAAUGCCAAUGUGGGCGAUGUGGCAGUUGAGGAGACUGCCAAGUGCUGCCCAGAGCUGGAGCACUUGGACCUCACAGGGUGUCUACGAGUCAAGAAUGACUCCAUCAGGGUCCUGGCUGAGUACUGUCCCAAGUUGCGCUCGCUGAAGGUCAAGCAUUGCCACAAUGUGGCUGAGUCCAGCUUGAGCAUCCUCCGAAGCCGUGGGGUGGAGCUGGAUGUGGAGCCUCCGCUGCAGAGGGCUCUUGUUCUGCUGCAGGAUGUGGUUGGCUUCGCCCCUUUCAUCAACCUUCAGAUCUAGAACUGCUGCUGCUGGGGAGGGGGGGGACUGACACAAUGCUGGGAUCCCAGAAGGAUGCCGGAACUGGCUGCUGUAGGGAUGUGCAGAGGGAGAGGUCAGUCCCAUUGGUGAGGCUGGCCUGAGUGGGGCUCACUCUUUCCUCUGGGGCUGUUUGGCAGCCACUGAGUGUUCCUAAGUGGACUUCAUUGGUGCCUCUGGGGAAAGUAACUCCCUCUGCAGUGGUGUGGAAAGAGCGAGUGAUUUGCAGGAACACCAUGGUGCUGAACAGGUGCUUGGUCAGGCCAGCUAAUAUAUAGGACUUAUUAUU